AUGGCGAACGCGAGCGAGCCGGGCGGCGGCGGCGGCGGCGAGGCGGCCGCCCUGGGCCUCAAGCUGGCCACGCUCAGCCUGCUGCUGUGCGUUAGCCUCGCGGGCAACGUGCUGUUCGCGCUGCUGAUCGUGCGGGAGCGCAGCCUGCACCGCGCCCCGUACUACCUGCUGCUCGACCUGUGCCUGGCCGACGGGCUGCGCGCGCUCGCCUGCCUCCCGGCCGUCAUGCUGGCGGCGCGGCGGGCAGCGGCCGCCGCGGGGGCGCCGCCGGGUGCGCUGGGCUGCAAGCUGCUCGCCUUCCUGGCCGCGCUCUUCUGCUUCCACGCCGCCUUCCUGCUGCUCGGCGUGGGCGUCACCCGCUACCUGGCCAUAGCGCACCACCGCUUCUACGCCGAGCGCCUGGCCGGCUGGCCGUGCGCCGCCAUGCUGGUGUGCGCCGCCUGGGCGCUGGCGCUGGCCGCGGCCUUCCCGCCCGUGCUGGACGGCGGCGGCGGCGGCGACGAGGAGGACGCGCCGUGCGCCCUGGAGCAGCGGCCCGACGGCGCCCCCGGCGCGCUGGGCUUCCUGCUGCUGCUGGCCGUGGUGGUGGGCGCCACGCACCUCGUCUACCUCCGCCUGCUCUUCUUCAUCCACGAUCGCCGCAAGAUGCGGCCCGCGCGCCUCGUGCCCGCCGUCAGCCACGACUGGACCUUCCACGGCCCCGGUGCCACCGGCCAGGCGGCCGCCAACUGGACGGCGGGCUUCGGCCGCGGGCCCACGCCGCCCGCGCUCGUGGGCAUCCGGCCGGCCGGGCCCGGCCGUGGCGCGCGCCGCCUCCUCGUGCUCGAGGAGUUCAAGACAGAGAAGAGGCUGUGCAAGAUGUUCUAUGCCAUCACGCUGCUCUUCCUGUUCCUCUGGGGGCCCUACGUCGUGGCCAGUUACAUGCGGAUCUUGGUGCGGCCCGGCGCUGUCCCCCAGGCCUACCUGACGGCCUCCGUGUGGCUGACCUUCGCGCAGGCCGGCAUCAACCCCGUCGUGUGCUUCCUCUUCAACAGAGAGCUCAGGGACUGCUUCCGAGCCCAGUUCCCCUGUUGCCAGAGCCCCCAGGCCACCCAGGCCACCCUCCCCUGCGACUUGAAAGGCAUCGGUUUAUAAGUGGCUCUCCCUUCACCUGCACCGCAACCCGGCUUCUCCCUUUGGCUUGGACAGUGACGUCUUUUCUCCCCCUUCUGCCCCCUUUUUAAUUUUCUGAGCUGCCUUCAAAACGGCUCUCGAAGUGCAUCAUCACUAGGAUUGUACAGACUCCUUUUGGGGGGAGGGUUUCGAAGUCCCAGCCCCACCCCAGCUCCUUGCGAUUGUUCUCCUAAAUAUAUUUUCAUCCUGACAGCAGGCCCUGGAGUCUUUGUACUGGCACUGAUGUCUUUUAUUCCAUGAGUUACUCUUUUUUUUUUUUUCAAUAAA